AGGAGCCCACAUCUCUUCGAGAAUAUGGCUGGCGAGGUGAGGGCGUGUACCGAAGCGCUCACUGCGGGUAAAAAAGAAAAGGACACCCCACCUACCCCUGAAUACGUGCUCGCCACCCUCCAGUCUUUCCCUUUCUCGCUUUUGCGUGCACGCACCUAAACACGUCCGCCCCCCUGUCACUACUCUCGUCCCUCUCUGACCCAAAGUCAGACGCACACAUUUAUACACAAGCGGGUGGACGGCGGAUUCUGAAAUCUCCGUGAAGAUGGUGGUACCGGGGCCGUUUUUUUUAACUGUGCUUGGAUAGCUCACAUAACGCUUUACAGCGGUAUCCAUUGUGCCUCUUCUGGAAAGAAAGACCGGCGAAUGGCCAGUCAACGGGGAUAGGAGAACAUCUCAAAGCGAUGGAGAGGAGCGGACGGGAAGUGCGUUUAAAUAGCUAAACCCGCAAAUCUGCCUUGAAUAAAAUAGAAGUAUUUGGACAGAAGAAAAAGACGCCUGCUUCUUCAUGCAAUUGAGUUGAAGUGGGGGAUCAAGGAGCCGCUUGUCUGUUCAGGGAGGACUCGGUGUCCGGGGGAUACGAGGAGGGGAGAAAGCUUGUAAUUAGCCCAUAUUCUGCACUUGCUAUUCGUCUGCGACUCAAUGGGAAGAAUAGUGGUGUGGGAAAAGUUUCCAUCACACGAGCAAAGGAGGACGGAAAGGGGCUACAUACAACCAAGACUGGCUUCAGCCGUGGCCCUGUAUGGAUGGCAGACUGAAGUUUACUGACAAUUAAAUUGCCGGUCACUCGUGGAAUUAUGGGAGAAACCAGUGCCAGUUAUCAGGAAAUUCAAAUAAAUGUUAUGUUAACUUGACUGUUAUUGUUUGAUUGUAUUAUCAAAACAAUAUUUACUCAACACAGACUGAGCAUGGGCUGGAUCCAAUAAAGUAGGUAUUUGCGCGUGUAGGCCUACACUUGAUCUCCAAUUCAACUGUAGGUUUACUACAUUUUGCAGCUCUUUGCUCUAUUCUGCCACCUUGUCCUCUUCAAAUUGCCCACUUCUCUCAGCGUGGAUCCCGGGAAUAGGAGGCGCAGCUUUGGAAAUUCCGGAGAGGGAACUCAGGAAAGGACGGGGCUCCAUCCAUGGAAAUACUUACGAAUAGGCCUUUUCCCAAUCACAGCAAGAGCAUGUGGAUAAAGAAGGAUAAUGGGCAUUAGACGUCAGUGUUUGUUUUCUCUUUCUUGUUUAUGUGAAGACAUUUCCGCCUUAAAUAACCCGGCAUAUGUCAAACAAUAGUUCCGUAACUGUGGCUUUUCUUGCCUUUACAACGCCGGCGCUUGGGUUUAUUUGGGGAAUACAGGAUAAAGUUCCACACACACUGUUAAGUGUUUACGCGUGAAGUUUGAAAGGAUUAUUUUUCUCAUAUAUCACUGUAAAUUGGAAGCAAUUUCUGAAUGCAUUAUAGUCUACUAGCUUAAAAGCAUUACCAUGUAAUAUAUAACAUAUAAGAGGACAGGCAGGAGGCUACAGUUCUGAUGACUCGAACAUAAAUGCAGACGCGAUCUAAAAUCAAUAGAGGCUUAUUUUGACAGUGCAUGUACAAAGAAUUGCUAUGCAGGCAGCCAAGUAGUGAGAGCAUGAAGGAAUUUGAUCCAGGUUUCAGUUGCCAUUAUCUGAAGAAUUUGUACCAAUAUAUCAGUAGUCUACAGUCGGCUAUUUAGUCAGGGGAGAGCCUUGGAAAUGCUACUGAAAUGCUACUGAAUACUACUUUAGUAGUAUUACACAACUACGUGUCUACAGUCAACAUAAUUAUGUUAUGUAAGAUUUUGACUUCUUCCCAAAUCUUUUUCAAUGAGUCAAAAACAGUUGUCAGUACUUGGACUGGAACAGAAUAAACUGUGCGACACAAGUGCGUCAAAACAGAGGGGAAAGUAUAAGAAUGCGAGUAUUGACGUCAUGAGGGGCAAUAAUUAACAGGUCAGAAUCCAGUACAGGUCACGUGUCAGACUUUUUCUUUGGAGAUGUUUUCUGUUAGUGCAUCAUUUAUUUCCCCCAACUUUUGCUUUUAAUUUACACUUGUUCUAGUCUAGAGGGUACCACUCAAUACAUUCAUAGCCUACAUUGCCUUGCAAAUAGCAAUUUGCUCUAUUAUUGUCUAAAUACUGCUAGAUUAAAAAGCAACAUGGCAUCCCCCCAACAUCAGCAGCUGCUGCCUCACAACACAGAGGUGAGCUGUGACUCAAGCGGCGAGGGCAGCGUCUCCGUGAGGAUCAGCAGUAGUGUCAAACACAAGCACGGGGGAGGAGCCGGGGCGCUGGGUGGCAUGGGAGGAGGCUUCAUGGGGGGCGGGUCCAAACACUGCAAGUACAGCAUCUCCUCUAGCUGCAGCUCAGGAGAGUCCGGGGUUCUCAGGCCCGUGGUUAAGGGGCUGCGAACCCAGAGGAAGAUGCCCCAGCUGUUCGAAAGGUCUGCUGGGCACUUCUGGGACCCAAAGUUUGACUCUCCCAUCCUGGAGGAGGCAUGUAGGGAGAGGUGCUUUCCCCAGACCCAGCGGAGGUUCCGCUACGUCCUCUUCUACCUGUUCGCCGCCAGCCUCCUCUGGGGGGUGUACUUCAGUGCCAACCCCGACCGGUGUGACCGAACUGCCUUCCUCGUCCCCACCGCCUGCUUCCUCCUCUUCUGCCUCCUCCUCUUCCUUUUGACAUUCACAAGGAUCUACGCCCGCUGCUACAACCAGGCGUCGCUGCUGCUCAUCGUGGUGACCUUUGCCCUCACCCUGGCACCACAGAUCCAGACAGCCAACUUUAGGGACCUGGAGACCCUCCCUCCUGAGGAUGUGGUGGAGGAUGUGGGGGACUUCAGUGGCAUGGAGCCCAGGAAUGUGACCUUCAACCGGGACCUACCCACGGGCAGCGCCUGCCUAUCUCCAGUAGGGACCUUCUCCCUGGGCAUGGAGGUGCUGCUGCUACUCUACAGCGUCCUCCACGUCCGACUCUAUGCCUCGGUGCUACUGGGACUUCUCUACUCUGUGCUCUUUGAAGCUCUGGGAUGGCUUCACCUCACCCAGGCUGCUGGGGAUGGUUGGAGCCAGGCCUCGGAGGGGUCAGACUCUGACUGGCACACUCUACGCUGGCUGGGGCCAGCCAAAGCUUUGCUCCACCUGUGCGCCCACGCCAUCGGCAUCCACCUUUUCAUCAUGUCUGAGGUGCGAUCGCGAAGCACCUUCCUCAAGGUGGGCCAGGCCAUCAUGCACGGCAAGGACCUGGAGGUGGAGAAGGCGCUGAAAGAACGCAUGAUCCACUCUGUGAUGCCUCGGAGGGUGGCUGACGACCUGAUGAAGCAGGGCGACGAGGAAGGCUUGGCGGGCGGGAGCUCGGCCAAGCGCUACUCCAGCAGCGGCGCGGCGGCCGUCAUCUCCAGUCCCAAGAACAACAAGAGGAAUAAGACCUCAAUCCCGAGAGGCCAGAUCAUCUUCAGACCCUUCAACAUGAAGCGCAUGGAGCCCGUCAGCAUCCUCUUCGCGGAUAUCGUAGGCUUCACCAAGAUGUCUGCCAACAAGUCGGCCCACGCUUUGGUGGGGCUCCUCAACGACCUCUUUGGACGUUUUGACCGGCUGUGCGAGCUGACGUGCUGUGAGAAGAUAAGCACCCUCGGGGACUGCUACUACUGUGUGGCAGGCUGCCCUGAACCUCGGGCCGACCAUGCCUACUGCUGCGUAGAGAUGGGGCUGGGCAUGAUCCAAGCCAUCGAACAGUUCUGCCAGGAGAAGAGUGAGAUGGUUAACAUGAGGGUGGGUGUCCACACGGGCACUGUCCUGUGCGGUAUUCUAGGGAUGAAGCGAUUUAAGUUCGACGUGUGGUCCAACGAUGUGAACCUGGCCAAUUUGAUGGAGCAACUGGGCGUGGCUGGGAAGGUGCACCUAUCAGAGGCCACCGCCAACUUCCUGGAUGACCGGUACCAGAGGGAGAACGGACGGGUCACUGAGAGGGUUGGACAGAGCGUGGUGGCGGACCAGCUAAAAGGUACGUGACCAGCUGGUUGCAAGGCGGGGCUUGAUUGCUUUCAGUGGUGGAAAAGUACCCAAUUGUCAUACUUGAGUAAAAGUAAAGACACCUUAACAGAAAAUUACUAAAGUAGAAGAGAAAGUCACCCAGUAAAAUACGAGUUGAGUAAAAGUCUAAAAGUAUUUGGUUUUAAAUAUACUUAAGUAUCAAAAGUAAGUGUAAUUGCUAAAAUAUACUUAAGUAUCAAAAGUAAAAGUAUACAUCAUUUCACAUUCUUUAUAUUAAGCAAACCAGACAGCACGUUUUCUUCUUUUUUAAAUGUACGGCUAGCCAGGGGAACACACCAACACUCAGACAUUUACAAAUGACGCAUGUGUGUUUGGUGAGUCCGCCAGAUCAGAGUCAGUAGGAAUGACCAGGGAUUAUCUCUUGGUAAGUGAGUGAAUUGGACAGUUUCCCUGUCCUGCUAAGCAUUCAAAAUGUAACGAGUAUUUUUUGGGUGUCAGCGAAAAUGUACAGAGUAAAAAGUACAUACUUUUUUAAUGUAUGUAGUGAAGUAAAAGUUGUCAAAAAUGUUAAUAGUAAAGUACAGAUACGGCAAAAAACUACUUAAGUAGUACUUGAAAGUACUUUUACUUAUGCUUUCCAGUAUUGCCUGGCUGUCAGGAGUUAAGCACAGAUUGAGAUGUUGUUGUGAUUGCUAAAUGUAACAUGAUAUCCAGUCUUGUGCAUUUGCUUUAGCAUGGCAUGGAGAGAGUCAGAAGCAACAUUGAUAUUGAUCUCUCUAUGCAGUGGAGCAUUUUAACAUACCCUGGGACUGUUCUGGUUCUGCUGGUUCUGCCUUACUGACGGCCUCUCUAUCAAAUAACAUUUUAACAUACCCUGGGACUGUUCUGGUUCUGCCUUACUGACGGCCUCUCUAUCAAAUAACAUUUUAACAUACCCUGGGACUGUUCUGGUUCUGCCUUACUGACGGCCUCUCUAUCAAAUAACAUUUUAACAUACCCUGGGACUGUUCUGGUUCUGCCUAACUGAUGGCCUCUCUAUCAAAUAACAUUUUAUUUGUCACAUGCGCCGAAUACAACAGGUGUAGCCCUUACCAUGAAAUGCUUACUUACAAGCCCUUAACCAACAAUACAGUUUAAGAAAUAAGGAAAUUACAUAACAACAACGAGGCAAUGUACUGGGGGUACCGGUACCGAGUCAAUGUGCGGGGUACAGGUUAGUCGAGGUAAUUUCACGGUAGGGGUAAAGUGACUAUGCAUGGAUAAUAAACAGCGAGUAGCAGCAGUAUAAACAAAGGUGUGUGUGGGGGGGUCAAUGUAAAUAGUCUGGGUGGCCAUUUGAUUAAUUGUGAUCUAUCGGUGCUCUACUGAUGCAGCAAGGUCACCUAACGGCAGUUUCGCAACACAGGCAGCAGUAAUAAGGACGUUACGGCUGUUCAGUUUCACUUAGUAAACCUAUGUGGUUUUUCUGAAAACCCUGACACCUGUAUGCUGUGUUUAUGUGCUGCAGUACGGUGCACCCAUUUCUGUUCUGAAUGAGAGCUUUAUAUAGGGCGAGUAGGGACACUACAUCAAAGGUGAUUGGUGGUUCCCUCUUUGUUGUCCGUGACAGCGAGACACGUGGGGCCUGGCACUGGUCAAGGUCAGCACCUGCUUCACAGUGUCGUAUGUCAUACGUUGGGGACAUCAGGGGGGUUCAGUCUGUUGGGAGGUGCCCUUUGUGGCUGACUGGGUGUUGGUUUUAUGUGACACUGAACCACAAACAGACGGUUGUACCCCUCUCUCCCCUGUCCUCCCCCUUAUUUCUGUUCCCUGUUCAGUUAUACUGCCUGCCUGCCUGCCACCCAGACGUCGUCCUCAAUGUGACCCUGUUCUCUUACCCUGGCUCUGAACCUCCAAGGGAUUGUCUUACCUUAGCGAGACUAUUUCCUUAGGGGGAGACACUAUAGACGCAAACUGUUACAGACCUAUAUCUAUCCUACCCUGCCUUUCUAAAGUCUUUGAAUCCCACUGUACCUUCUCCGCUAUGCAAUCUGGUUUCCGAGCGGGUCAUGGGUGCACCUCAGCCACACUCAAGGUCCUAAACGAUAUUAUAACCACCAUCGAUAAAAGACAAGACUGCGCAGCCGUCUUCAUCGACCUGGCCAAGGCUUUCGACUUUGACAAUCACUACAUUCUUAUCAGCAGACUCAACAGCCUUGGUUUCUCAAAUGACUGCCUCGCCUGGUUCACCAACUACUUCUUAGAUAGAGUUCAGUGUGUCAAAUCGGAGGGCCUGUUGUCCGGACCUCUGGCAGUCUCUGUGGGGGUGCCACAGGGUUCAAUUCUCGGGCCGACUCUUUUCUCUGUAUACAUCAAUGAUGUCGCUCUUGCUGCUGGUGAUUCUCUGAUCCACCUCUACGCAGACGACACCAUUCUGUAUACUUCUGGCCCUUCUUUGGACACUGUGUUAACUAACCUCCAGACGAGCUUCAAUGCCAUACAACACUCCUUCCGUGGCCUCCAACUACUCUUAAAUGCAAGUGAAACUAAAUGCAUGCUCUUCAACCGAUCGCUACCAGCACCUGCACACCCGUCUAGCAUCACUACACUGGACGGUUCUUACUUAGAAUAUGUGGACAGCUACAAAUACCUAGAUGUCUGGUUAGACUGUAAACUCUCCUUCCAGACUCACGUUAAGCAUCUCCAAUCCAAAUUGAAAUCUAGAAUCGGCUUCCUAUUCCACAACAAAAGCAUCCUUCACUCAUGCUGCCAAACAUACCCUCGUAAAACUGACUAUCCUACCGAUCCUUGACUUCGGCGAUGUCAUUUACAAAAUAGCCUCCAACACUCUACUCAGCAAAUUGGAUGUAGUCAAUCACAGUGCCAUCUGUUUUGUCACCAAAGCCCCAUAUACUACCCACCACUGCGACCUGUAUGCUCUCGUUGGCUGGCCCUCGAUUCAUAUUCGUCGCCAAAACAUCUAUAAGUCUUUGCUAGGUAAAGCCCCACCUUAUCUCAGCUCACUGGUCACCAUAGCAGCACGCUCUCCAGCAGGUAUAUUUCACUGGUCAUCCCCAAAGCCAACUCGUCCUUUGGCCGCCUUUCCUUCCAGUUCUCUGCUGCCAAUGACUGGAACGAAUUGCAAAAAUCACUGAAGCUGGAGUCUUAUAUCUCCCUCACUAACUUCAAGCAUCAGCUGUCAGAGUAGCUUACCGAUCAUUGCACCUGUACACAGCCCAUCUGUAAAUAGCCCACCCAACUACCUCAUCCCCAUAUUGUUUCUUUUAAUUUCUCCAUUGCACCCCAGUAUCUCUACUACUUGCCUCUAUCUUCUGCACUAUCCAUCACUCCAGUGUUUAAUUGCUAAAUUGUAAUUAUUUCGCCACUAUGGCCUAAUUAUUGCCUUACCUCCCUAAUCUUACUACAUUUGCACACACUGUAUAUAGAUUUUUCUAUUGGGUUAUUGACUGUACGUUUGUUUAUCCCAUGUGUAACUCUGUGUUGUUUGUGUUGGACUGCUUUGCUUUAUCUUGGCCAGGUCGCAGUUGUAAAUGAGAACUUGUUCUCAACUGGCCUACCUGGUUAAAUAAAUAAAUAAAUAAGUGCCACUAUUUAUGCAACGGCUUUUCUUUAUAAAUGGAUUCCAAUUUACAGUGCAUCUGCUCCGCCUCGUUUCAGCCUGACUCUUCUCUCUCUCUCCGUCUCCGUUCUCUUUCUCUCUCUCUCCGUUUCCUUUUCACGCUCUCUAUUCCUCACUGUCCCUCUGCCCCUGCUAAAUCGCAUAACCCCAGAGAGACCAGUAAUUCGGUUUUAUUUGAUGCAUUUAUGCAAAUACCUCUGAUGGAACUAUAACUCUGGCUUAAUGUCCCUUUUCAUCAUCUGGAGAAUCAGUACAUUAUCACCUAGCAGUAAUGAAGUUAUGGUGCCAAACGUAGCUGUGUUUGAAAGGCUGAGGGAUUGAACCGCCACUAAAAUGUGCAGAAAUGAAAAUCAUCUUUAUUCUGGUCUCGACCUGUUUCUCUCGCCAGCCCUAGCAGUAUCAGAGGCUCACGCUACACAACAGUCAUUGUGGCCAAUUAUAGACCAUGUAUUGAUUCAGUGAGUUUGUUGUUGGUGCGCCGUGAAGUCAUGUAUCUAAUGAAUCUGCGGCACUACCAGUAUACUCUACCAGUAUACUCUACCAGUAUACUCUGCCAGUAUACUCUACCAGUAUACUCUACCAGUAUACUCUACCAGUAUACUCUGCAGUGUGUAGUCAGGGUUUUCAGGUCAAAAUGACGGGUCACCUCGCUCAUUCCCACGACCCUGCGUCCCACAUGCAAGGGGAAAGGCCCCUUCACAGCUAGUAGGUGGAUGCUGUGCUGGCUGACCUGUGUGUCACAUCUCAUAAUCUUUAGACGUUGGGCGAGGAACUCUGCAGAAAGAAACAUUGUGGUCUUCACAUAUAUACAGGUAGGGGAAAGUCCUUUCCCAGCUAGUAGGUAGAUGCUGUUUUGGCUGACCUGUGUGGGAAAGAAAUUAGCAAUGUCAUGCAGUACAUCACAUGAUUCUGAGCUUCUGGCUGAGACACUGCAGAAAGAAAUACUGAGAUUCUUAUUACAACUUUAAUAGUGACAACGUUUCGGUAUAAGGAAGGACUAUAUAUUGUGCAUGCCUUUUUGUGUCUCUAGGCCUAUGUUGGAUCACAGUGGUGCCAACCAGGGUAAAUGCCUGUGUGUGAUUCCAGAGCAUGAAGUCAAUCUGAGCAUUGUCAUAGCAUUAUAACAGCGUGGCAGCGGCUGGC